CCUUUCUGGAGGACUGUCAGCAGCAAAAGGAUGGCAUCAGAACUGGCAAUGAGCAACUCCGACCUGCCCACCAGUCCCCUGGCCAUGGAAUAUGUUAAUGACUUCGAUCUGAUGAAGUUUGAAGUGAAAAAGGAGCCGGUGGAGACCGAUCGCAUUAUCAGCCAGUGCGGCCGCUUGAUCGCUGGGGGAUCGCUCUCUUCCACCCCGAUGAGCACGCCCUGCAGCUCGGUGCCCCCUUCCCCGAGCUUCUCGGCGCCCAGCCCGGGCUCUGGCACGGACCAGAAGACCCACCUGGAAGAUUAUUACUGGAUGACCGGCUACCCGCAGCAGCUCAACCCAGAGGCGUUGGGAUUCAGCCCCGAAGACGCGGUGGAAGCGCUGAUCAACAGCAGCCACCACCAACUCCAGGGCAGCUUCGAUGGCUAUGCUAGAGGGCAGCAGCUGGCCGCCGCGGCGGCCGGCACUGGCGGCUCCAUGCCCGGGGAAGAGAUGGGCUCUGCCGCCGCCGUGGUCUCCGCAGUGAUCGCGGCGGCCGCGGCUCAGAACGGGGCACCCCACUACCACCACCACCACCACCCGGCGGGGCACCACCACCACCAGCAGCCGGGCAGCGUGCAGUCCAGCAGCAGUAGCAGCAGCAGCAGCAGCACCGGGGGAGGCGGUGGUGGAGGGGGUCUGCACCACCCGCACCACAGCAGCAGCCUGCAUUUCGACGACCGCUUCUCGGAUGAGCAGCUGGUGACCAUGUCGGUGAGGGAGCUGAACAGGCAGCUCCGAGGGGUGAGCAAGGAAGAGGUGAUCCGGCUGAAACAGAAGAGGAGGACCCUCAAAAACAGAGGCUAUGCCCAGUCCUGUCGCUUCAAGAGGGUCCAGCAAAGGCACGUCCUGGAGUCAGAGAAGAACCAGCUACUGCAGCAAGUAGAGCACCUAAAGCAAGAGAUCUCCAGGCUGGUCCGGGAGAGGGACGCCUACAAGGAAAAAUAUGAGAAGCUGGUCAGCAAUGGCUUCAGAGAAAACGGAUCCAGCAGCGACAACCCUUCCUCUCCAGAGUUUUUCAUGUACCCAAGAGAAUCUUCUACAUCGGUGAUGUGAAAAUGCCUGUUGCCUGAAGU